AUGUCUUCGCACAGGCCGUCUACGUCACCUGCUACUCGGAGACGAAGAGCGCUUGAAGAGCGCAGCUCCGCCCAUACCAAUGAGAGAUCUCCGACGCGUUCGCUGAGGAGAGUCCGCACCCAAGAGGAUGUAGAUGAUAUUUACACCGCGACGCCAUUUCCAACAAAGCCAGAACAGAUCUUGCUCCCUAUUCCUGGUAAAGGACAACAGCAGUACAUCUCAGACACUGGGUUCAGUUACUCCAACCCAGGUCCUUCCACUUCAACCUGGUCCUCACCUACAUUCACUCACGCGACAGGCAGUAGUCCCCGACAACACUCAAUCGGUGAAUGGGAUGCCUCAACUGUGGAUGCAGGCAAUUCACCGCCAGCCAUGUGGGAUGAAGACCCAACUUCUAGCAAGUCAUCACUACCAGAGAUCAUUGCCAAGCCAGAGGAUAUCCUGUCAGAUGAAUCAGAGGCUGAGUUCUCAGAUGAUGAUCUGAUUGUUUUGCCGACCGCCACACCAACGAUCAAGGCUGUUGUGUCGGAACCACCCACGUCACCCAAGUCGCAGCACGCUGAUGAUGAAUCAGCGAUGGGAUAUUCCAGCCCCAAUAUUGAACAGAUUGGUGCGCCAUCUAGCCCUAACUUUGUUACUCUGGAUAAUUCCAGUGCUAGCUUCUUACCACGCGGUCGCACAAUCAAUCUGGACACUGAUCCCCGUUCAAACUCAUUGUCCUCGUACCAGUCUGGGGGUACGGUGGUCAGGCACCCUGGUGCGGCACCAUGGUUCUUUACUGCCUCCUCAGAGCAAUUGAAUGGGUCGCGCUCGCCAUCCUUUCGCUCGAGUCCACCUGUUCAAUCCAUAGCGUCUUUCCGUACUUCAUCCCGUCAAGCUUCGGCAAGCCGAUCCCGAUCGGCAACUUCGUCCUCGCGCAGUCUCCGCUCCGUAUCCGACAUGGUGUCUGAUAUCCAGGCUGCGAUUGACAGUGGUGUGCCUAUUCAGUACCCUCGCAUUCGUGCUCCAUCAUCUAGCUCUCGUGCUGAGACCUUUGUUUCUUCUGAUCGAGACUUUACCCCCGGUCCGGCUUCAGGCCGUUGGAACCCGCACUUAUCCCGAGUCUCAUCUGUGUGGUCUGGGGAGGAGUAUCCCGAUCCAACCACAUCUGAAGAAGAGGUUUCCAGCGAAGGCUCUGAGGCUGUUAAUUAUUCGUCGGUCGGUCUCGACCCAGAGAACAGCAAGUCGACAGUCUGGCUCGUCGGCGAUACGGAGGCAGACGAGCACUUGGAUAGUUUGACCAACCUGCCAAGCCGCAAUGGGUUCACCUAUAGUCUCUCCUCGAGCUCCAAGCGUAGCAACAGCCAGCGCAGCAACAGUAUGCGCAGUCUCAAGCGCCCUGGCACUGGCACCAGCGGUAUUCUGCAGAUUCUUCCAACAUGGGCCAAGAUCUACUACCGCGCAGACACCCUUGGUUUCCAUCCAACCUUGUCUAUGAUGGAGCCCAUUCGCCAGCCCAGUACUCGCCCGGGAACCAGUAACUCUAGUGUCUUCAAUCUGAUGCCUCAUCCGCUCAAUGUCCCUCGACCUCGUUCUCCAGACCCGCCUCGCGCGCCCGAACGUGUUCAGUUUGCCCAGCGACGUAUUGACAGCGAUCCUCGAGACCCGCGUGCUCACUGGGUUCCGUCUCCAGAGCCAGACGAUUCCGAAUUGGUCGGACCUGGUCGUUCCCGACUCCGACACAGUUGGUCACCACAUCUGUACAGAGACCGCUGCACGAUUCCGCGCUCUGGUAGCGGAUGGACGUCUCCUUCUUUCGAUUCGACGACCGAGCCCGUCUUUGGUCGCAGAAACAUCCAGGUCUACUCGUUCUGUUUGGGAUUUAUCUUCCCUCUCGCCUGGAUUAUUGCAUCGUUUCUCCCUCUGCCAUACAAGCCCAAGGAGGAUGAAAUGAUUGAGUCGGACGACGAGGUCGAGAUGGCUCUUGAGACCCAGCUGCUCACUCUUCAACAACGUCGUUACAACAAUGCUCGCUGGUGGCGAAAUCUCAAUCGCUGGAUGAUCUCGCUGGGUGUAGUGAUCAUUGUUAUUAUUAUCACUCUCGCUGCUAUCGGAACAACCAGUGGUUUCUAA